AUGUUCUACCCGGUGCGGCUCGGGGACGUCUUCCAGUCAGGGUACCAGGUCGUAGCCAAGCUCGGCUUUGGCACAGCUUCUACUGUCUGGCUUUGCCGGGACCUCAGGGAGAAUGCCCUUCUCACGCUCAAGGUGCUGGCAAAUCGAGUCAUCCAACUCUCCUAUACGUUCCCAAUCACCUACGGCGAGCCUGUCAUUGCUGACUUCGGUGCUGCUCGUCUAGGAGAGCCGUGGCAGAAGCACUCCGGCGACGUCAUGCCUGACGUCUAUAGAGCGCCUGAAAUAAUCCCCGGCAUGGACUGGGACUCCAAGAUCGAUAUAUGGUGUGUCGGAGUCAUGAUAUGGGACCUGUUCGAAGGAGGCCGUCUCUUUCAUGCAGUGAAGGACGGUCGCCUUGACGAUGAGCUACAUCUUGCUGAGAUGGUCUCCCUCAUGGGACCCUCUCCAGGGAAGUUUCUGGACCGAAGUGAUAUGUGCCGCCGGUACUGGGAUUCUGAAGGUAACUGGAUCACCCCAACGCCCAUCCCCGAUCAGAGUCUCGAGAUACGCGAGAGGCGUCUAGAUAGGAAGGAUAAGGAGCUGCUCCUCGCCCUCGCCCGUAAAAUCUUACGCUGGCUCCCUGAAGAAAGGCCAUCUGCGGAUGAUCGUUUCGAGGUCGAAUUCCUGGUCCAGUGGCUGUCUGGAGAGACAUGA